UUGGCCAGUCUGUGUGUGAACACUUUUUCCAGCAUUGGCUUCUAGCAAAGCCAUGUCUCAGCAUCUUCGAGAAGAACCCGUGACGACUAACUUACAUCACAUUUAUUGUAAAAUAUUGUAAAACAUCUUGUUUCAGUUCCCUGUCAGAGAUGGGCGAGAUCAGUGAAGCGUCCUUGCUGGAUUAUAUCUGUUCCUCUGGAGGAAAAGUCAAAAAUUCUGAUCUGUCCAAAGCAUAUAAGCAUUUUAUAAACCAUAGCGAUUUGCAGCUACGUGCCAAAUACAGAGAAGAGUUCAAACUCGUCAUUGAUAGAAUUGCAGUGGGGAAAUCUGAAAAUGGGGAGAAAUAUCUUGUCCUCAAGAAGAAGUAUAGACAGCAAAUGCAAGAUCAAGAGCCUGGCUCUGGAAAGGAAGGACAAUCAAUCAAGCAGUUUCAUCCAAACACACAAAAUGAUCUCCAGGUCUCCAAUCCAGGGCAGAACCGUAACCCAACAGCUCAGAAACCAGCACUGGUGGGCUGGUGCUCAGGACCCAUGAUUACAGUCACAGAGGCAACAGAACCGACCUAUACAGAUAAUCAGGCCGACAGCACCCUCUCACCGCCAGACGAGGAGAAACCAGACGAGCUUUCAGCUUCAGACAGAGAAGAUGAACUCGACAAGGAUUCAGGGUCAAAGAGUGAAUCCGAGCAGGAUGAGGAGUGUGGAGGCAGUUUGGGAUCCACCGCUGUGGCUCUGGAUCCUCUUGAGAAAGAGUGGAUCUUCUCAGCAGCAAGUGGCAAACUGUCUCACCUUACUCAGCUCCUGAAACAAGACUCUUCCCUGGCCAAUAAAAAGGACUUCACCUCAGGGUUUACAGCGCUGCACUGGGCUGCCAAACACGGUAAAGAAGACAUGACCACAAUGUUGGCAGAAGCAGGGGCUGACGUCAAUACAAAAGCACAUGGGUACACACCUUUACACAUAGCAGCGCUGCACAGGCAUCGACAUAUAUUUGACCUGCUGGUCAGGACAUAUGGAGCAAAUGAGCAUUUGCGGGACUACAGCGGCCACAUAGCAUAUCAUUACCUCAGUGUACGGGAAACACAAUUAGAAGACCAUGAGCUAUCUGAAGUCAGCGAGUGCCACAGUCUAACCCAGGCUGGCGAGCGCAGAAACAGGAAGAUCACCUCAAUAUUUCACUCCAUGAAGAAGUGGGGUUCAGCAGAGGAGCUGGCGGCCGUACCGGAGGAGAGGACUGUUGCUCAUCAGCUCAUGCUGCCUGCGUUUAGGCCCAGAAAGUUCUCACGGUAGACUAUGUGAAGUCCAAAGAUCUUCAGUAUCGCUUUAGUGCCACGUGAAUAGUUUACAGAUGAAAAUGCACUUUGCUGCUUUUUUCACACAAAUAGUAUGAUGUAGUUGUAUUCACAUUUAAGUAGCUUCUUAGCUCAAUAAUUAGCAUUUGUAAUGUUAUGCCACAGCAGUGUGUGUGAUGUCUUUUUUCUCUGCUAAAGGUUUACAGUUUUUAUUAAGCAAUGAAAAGGCAUUUUAAAAUACCUGUACAUCAUAUGAUCCCAAGAUUUUACAAGAACUCAGUUUCACUAAAUAUGUCAAUGCUAAAAUUCUAUCUUGAAUAGAGACCAACUUCAGCUUUUAUUUGCCUUAUAUUCACCCUACAUAAGAUGCCUACAUAUAUAUAUAUAUAUAUAUAUAUAUAUAUAUAUAUAUAUAUAUAUAUAUAUAUAUAUAAUUUUUUUUUGUUGUUGUUGUUUUUUGUUUUUUGUCCACACACGAACACAUAUGUAACAGCCAACAAUAUCGAAAAUGUAUGAUAAAAUUCCUUUGAAACAAUCUGCCCUAUUCUCCAUUAUUUCACUUUGAAAUAUUCAAAUAUAAUUUUAUGGAAUUUAAAUGCUCUGCACAAGCCUUUACUUUUAUUCUUUUCUUUUCCAUUAAUGUCUUUGUAUGUUUUUAGCAAAUGUCUGUUGCAUUCCAAAGGAUGGCGUUGAGUAAAUCUUCUAGUUUGUGCCUUACACCAAAAUUCUUUCCUGUUACCUGAGUGUUUAUUUUCAUAAUGUAAUUUAUGUUAAAUAUAUAAUAAACUGUACUGUGUGUAAA